AUGGAUUCUCUGGACAUAGUGAGCCCUUACCUGUUCACGUACAAAAGGAGGAACUUUAUUGUUCAGGACCAAUUCCGACCAAAGGACCUUGAUGCUGUCCAGCAUUUUGAGCUCCGUCAAACUGAUGUCCUCCUCAUCACGUACCCCAAGUCAGGCUCAGUUUGGAUGCAACAGAUCACUGUCCAGAUCAUGGAUGAGGCCCACCCAGAACAGGCAGAAGAUGUCAGCAACAACAGCCGAGUUCCUUGGUUGGAGGAAAUGUCUGCAUAUGACCCAAACCGAGUCAGGCCAGAUCCUCGGAUCUUUAGCACACAUCUCCCCCCUGACAUGUUGUCCCUCGCAGUGAAAGACAAGCAAAUCAAGGCUGUUUAUGUCUGGAGGAACUCGAAGGAUGUCCUGGUGUCCUUCUAUCACUUUGCUCAGAGUUGUGUUCACAUGGAAACACCAAAGAGCUUUGAGGAUUUCUUCCAGCAGUUCCUGGAUGGUAAAGGUUAG